UCUUCAUUAAAAGUGCUGCGGUGUCAGGUGUGCGGCUGUGGAGAACAGGAGUUAUUUACGCACAAACUGAAGUCCACAAAGCAGCGUGGGGAGAUGGCGCCGAGGCGGACAAAAAACACAACAAGCGUGCAGAGUAAAGAAGAGCUGAGCCGGGAAAUGCGGCGCAGCAAGCUGGCGCUCUUCAUCCAACAGUUUGAGAAAGAAGCCCAAGAACGCGUGAACGAGCUGGAGGCCAAAAUGGAGAACACGCUGGCCACAAUUGAAAAAGUAUUCAAAGUGGAGCUGAUGAAGAUGCCUCCUUCUCUUCAAAACACCCUCAUAGGGGAUUUAAUAACCGAGGAGGAAUUCUUAGCCAGCGAGGAAUCAAUAGCCAGUAAGAAUGAGUUUGGAGAGAUACCCCAGCCCCUCAAAAAGAUAACCAGUAAAACAGCUAAAUCCACUGAUUCACCAGAUCAGUCUGCCCCAGCCCACAGGGUCUCAUCCAAAGCCUCAAAGGGAGUGAAGGAGACUAAAAGGACGAGGACAUUAGUUUGUAGUAACAGCACUGGAAAUCUCAUACCCUCCUCAGUCAUAACCAAGAGAACUCGCCGCUUGGCAAGUUGCAAGACCAACGACCCGUCCCCGCUGAGCCAGUCCAGACUUAAACUCAGGUCUGUGGUCUCUGCUGGUGAUCUGCACUGUUCUACAGCAGGCUCUACUGCACACAUCACUGUAACCACAGCACAGGGACUGAUGAUGAGCUUUUCUGAAGAGACUAAAGAUGACAUUAACUGGGACAUGCUGGAUGAUGUGGCGCGGUGCCAGAUUAAGAAGCUCUCGAGUCUGAUAGAUUAUCUGUCACAGCGGAGUGGCUGUGACAGAUGACUGAAGAAACCCAAAUAUCUCAGUGUCCAGGAUGUCUGUCCAGAUGGAGCUCAGAAACACAUUUAACUUAGAGAAAUGUGUAUUAUAAAUUUCUUUGUAUUGUAUUAUUGUGUGGAUUUUAAAACUAUAAUAAAGAUUUAAGUGUUAAUUCAUGA